AUGACAGCCGAAGUUGAACAACCACAACAACCUACUGUUGUUGUUGAAAUUAAUGGCAACAAUAGCAACGAUAACCCAUCAUCACAAUCAGUAGAGGAGAUACAAAACAAGGCAAUCACCAACACUCAACAACAACAAGAAUCAAACGCCAGACGACCUUCCAGAAAUCCCUUCAAAAGAAAAAAGAAACAAAAAGAAGCCGAGAGCAGACCUGAUGAAGAAGUUCCUGACGUGAGAGAACCUAAUUUAAAAUUCAAAGAUGCUUUUACCAUGUACAAAAUUAUCGGAUGGAACUGGAUACUGGUGUUCAUUGGUAUCAUUGGAGCCAUGGGUGCUGGUGUUAUUCCAUUGUCUUUCCAAUUUCUUAUCGGAGAUCUCAUUAACGUUUUUACACCUGUCCGUGCAGACGGUUCAUUGGUGCCGCCACAAGAAAUGAAAGAUGGUGUCUCCAAGUAUGCCUCCUAUUUUGCAAUUAUUGCUGCUGGUGCAGCUGUUGCAAACUUUUUGAAAGAUUUCUUUUUGAACUGGGCUUCUGAAAGAAUCGGAAUGAAUGUGAGAGGAGCUUAUUUUGAUGCUCUUACAAGACAAGAAAUGGGCUUUUUCGAUAUCAAGAAAAUUGGAGCCCUCACUGUGACAUUGUCUGAAGACGUGAACAGAGUUCAAGAGAUUUACUCGGUGAAAAUUGCAACCUUAUUCCAAAACCUUACUCAAUUCGUCAUUGGUCUCGUGUUGGCUUUUACCAGUGGUUGGCAAAUGACUUUUGUGAUGAUUUCCACUCUGCCUCUCAUGGUUGGAGGAGUUGUUAUUUUGGGAGGUGUGAUCCGAUCUUUGACGGCUCGAAUCAAUAAGGCCAACGACCACAGCGCUUUCAUUGCCACUGAAGUUAUGAGCUCCAUGAGAACAGUGAGAAGUAUGGCUGGUGAAGAGAAGGAACGUGCCAGAUAUGGCAAAGAUUUGAGAAAAAUGUAUUUGGCUGGUAUUGGAAAAUCCGUUGCUCAGGGUAUUACUUUUGGUGCUUUAAUUGGUAUUUUGUGGGGAACUACUGCUUUGGCAUUUUGGUAUGGAGGUGGUUUGGUCGUUGACAAGACUAUGGACGUGGGUGCCAUGUUGAAGGUCUUUGGAUUGUCUUUGUUUGCCAUUAUUGGUAUCAGCCAAGCUGGUUCCUUCUUCCCUGAUUUUGGUAAGGCCAUGGUCUCACAAAAAGCUAUCCUCAAGAUUAUUAAGAGAGUUCCUGCCAUCACUUUCAAGGGAGGAAAAACUUUGGAUGUUGUGAAGGGUAAUAUUCGUUUCGAAAAUGUCGAUUUUAUUUAUCCAUCUCGACCAAAUGUCACAGUCUUAAAAGAUUUUAGUUUGGAAAUUACACCAGGUCAAGCGGUCGCUUUGGUUGGCCCAUCAGGUUCAGGAAAGUCAACCAUUGUCGGAUUAGUGGAAAAAUUCUACGAACCAGCGAAAGGAAAAGUUUACAUUGAUGGAGUGGACAUUUCUGAAAUUGAUCCAAUGUGGUUGCACAGAAAUGUUGGAAUUGUCACUCAGGAACCAGUCUUGUUUGCUACCUCCAUUUAUAACAACAUUGCUUAUGCAGUGGGAGAACAGAAUGUCACUCCUCAACAAGUGGAGGAAGCUGCUCGAGCUGCCAAUUGUCACAACUUUAUUAUGGACCUCCCACAAAAAUAUAACACAAUAUUGGGAGAAAAGGGUGUGUCAUUAUCAGGUGGUCAAAAACAAAGAAUCGCCAUCGCCAGAGCCCUCGUUCAAAAUCCUCAAAUUUUACUCCUUGACGAAGCUACCUCUGCCUUGGAUACUGAAUCUGAAGCUUUGGUCCAAGCUGCUUUGGAUCACUUGAUGAAAGGUCGUACCACCAUUUGUAUUGCUCACAGAUUGUCCACAGUUAAGAACGCAGACAAGAUUUGUGUAUUGGCUAAGGGUGUUCUCAAGGAAACUGGUACUCACGACGAGUUGAUGAAAAUUGAGAAUGGUAUUUACAAGGGUUUGGCUGAGAAACAAAUGUUAUUCAGUCAUAAUGAGGAUUUGGAAGAUGUUAUGGACAUUUAA